AUGACGUUUCUCCACAUAGCGGUAGCCGCAUCUGUCGCGGCCGGCUUCUUACUGGCAGCGCGAGCCGUGUAUCUCCUCAUCUUCCACCCUCUCGCCAAGAUCCCAGGGCCAAAGCUCUACGCUCUUACCGACUUCAUCUCUUUGUACUACACGGUGCUGGGCGAAUGGCCUGCGAAGCUCAAGACGCUUCACGACAUAUACGGCCCCACGCUUCGCUUCGGGCCCAACGACGUAUCCUCCAUCGCCCCGGAGACAUGGAAGACCGUGUACGGCCACAAAACACAACCGGACAAGACUUUUGAAAAGGACCUUACGUUUUAUAUCGAGUCGAUAAAUGGCGUUGACAAUAUCAUCAGGGCGGACAAAGACGGUCACAGGCGAACGCGCCGCGUGCUCGCACACGCCUUCUCCGAGAAGGCCCUACGGGGCCAGGAGGAGCUCCUCAAUAACUAUACUAACCUCUUCAUCUCCAAGAUUACCGACAUGGCCGCGGCUGGAGAGAAUGUCGACAUUAUGCACUGGUACAACUACAUCACGUUUGACCUCAUCGGCGAUCUUGCCUUCGGGAAGCCCUUCGGCUGUCUGGAAACCGGUGGUUACAACCCAUGGGUGUCCAUGAUUUUCGAGGCUGUCAGAUUCGGCGCCAUAGGACAGGUUGUGCGUAGAUAUCCUUUUCUGCGCAAGAUCCAGCACGGGCUUGUCCCAGCCAAGUUGGCCCGGAGUUUCGCUGAGAACAGACAACUCAGCCAGAGGACGGCCUUUGAGCGCAUGGAUCGUGGCAGUAUCGGGCGCCAGGACUUCAUGGACUAUAUCCUCCGGCACAAUGAUGAGAAGGGACUCUCCAAGGAAGAGAUCGCCGCCAACGCACUUGUCUUGAUCAUUGCUGGUAGCGAAACGACGGCGACGCAGCUGAGCGGGACGACGUAUUACCUUCUGACCAACAGAGACAAGUACGACAAGCUCGUAGGCGAGAUCCGCCAGAGGUUCUCUUCCGAGGACGAGAUCAACAUGAACAGUGUCAACGAUCUUCCGUAUCUGUUGGCGGUUUUCAAUGAAAGUUUCAGGAUGUAUCCACCCGUGCCCAUCGGACUGCCUCGACUUGCACCCGCUGGCGGUGAGACCGUUGAUGGCUUCUACCUACCCCAAAAUACCAGCGUUUCAGUGCCUCAAUGGUCCGCAUACCAUUGUGAACAGAACUGGACCGAUCCUGAGCGCUUCGUACCUGAGCGCUGGCUCGGCACCGAACCAAGAUACGCCAACGACCAGCGGGAUGUUCUCCAGCCUUUCUCGGUGGGGCCUCGGAACUGCAUUGGAAAGAACCUGGCUUAUGCCGAGAUGCGCCUGAUCCUGACACGGUUGUUGUGGCGCUUCGACCUUGAGCUCUUACCCGAGAGCCGCAACUGGAAUCAGCAGCGCGUCUUCAUCCUGUGGGAAAAGCCAAACCUUAUGGUCAAGGUCACGCCCGUGCAAAGGUCUUAG